AUGGCCGCCGCAGCAACCGCAACCACCACCAUCCAGCUCGCCUCACCGGACGGGCCUGUCACCAGGACGAUACUUCAAGCCCCGCUCCGCGACGCCCUCCCGUCCGAGAUCCCCAUCAUUGACAUUGCCGAUCUCGUCGGCGCGUCCUCUACCCUCGAAGCCCGCAAGGCCGUGGCCGCCCGCAUCCGCGACGCGGCCACCAACACGGGCUUCUUCUACAUUGUCAACCACGGCGUGCCGCUCGACGUCACCGACGCCUCGGGCCAUGCCGCCCGGGACUUUUUCCGACAGGACCUGGACAUUAAGCUGCGCGCCCGCGCGCACACCAAAGGUAUGCCGAAUGGAUAUCGGCCCCCAGAUUUUUCGUCCAUCAACCCAACCGAGGGCGUCGACGUCCGGGAGGCCUUUCAGUUUCGCUACGACCCACGCUGGGACCCCAUGGUCCCGGACCAGGAUGCGAUCCCGCAGACUGUGCGUGACGGCUUCAUUCAUGAGGACGACGCCUUUGCCGAGACGGCAAACCAGCCUGAAUUCGGCAGGUCGGCCAAGGCGCACUUCCAAGCCGGCAUGAAGCUGGCCCGGACCCUGACGCAUGCAUUCGCUCUCUCUCUCGACCUGCCCGAGGACGCCUUUGACAAAAAGUCCGAGUAUCCAGGAUGCGCAAUGGCCGUCAACUACUACCCGCCCAUCCCCGGGGGCGCUGCCCGCGCAGGCGGCGCGGAGCCCAGGGAGCCGGCCGCGCGCGUCUCCAUCGGCUCGCACACCGACUUUCAGCUCUUUACGAUUCUCUGGCAGGACGACACCGGCGGGCUGCAGGUCCUGAACCGCGAGGGCCAGUGGAUCCGCGCCGCGCCGAUCCGCGGGUCAUUUGUCGUCAACAUUGCCGACUACAUGCAGCGCAUCACAAACGACCGCUACGUGAGCACCGUGCACCGCGCGCAGAACUGGAGCGGCCGCGAGCGCGUGAGCAUUGCGUUCUUCUGGGGCUUUGGGUUCCACGAGAGCUGCGGCGUGCUGGAGACGUGCGUCGCCGAGGGGGAAAAGGCAAAGUACGAGGAGAUUAGCUGUCGGGAUUGGGUUAGGAAGCGGUUGGCAGACAUGCAAAAGCUAAAGAAUGACGUGUAA